AUGCAAAAAAGUUGGCCAAUUCUGAUAAUUCUUCUUGUUGCUCAAUUUAUCGGACUUGGCUUAUUUUCUAGAGGUUUUUUUCCAUACAAGGCAAGUUUGCCCGGUUUUUCUACAAUUGAAGAGCUCCCUAAACUACCUAAUGGAGAUAAAGCAACUCCUUUAGUGCCAAAAUUCGAUAGAUUAGUUUUUAUGCUUAUUGAUGCUUUGAGAAGUCUUAUAGAAAACGGUCGUGCAAUACCUUUUACGGCGAUCGCAACAGCACCAACUGUUACUUUACCAAGAAUAAAAGCGCUUACUACUGGAAGCGUUCCAAAUUUUUUGGAUGCUAUUCUUAACAUUGCAGAAUCAGAUACAUCUUCAUCUUUAUUAUAUCAAGACAAUUGGCUUGUACAAAUAAAAAAGACUGGUAAUAAAUCCAUCUCGUUUUUUGGUGACGACACGUGGAUUAAGCUGUUUCCUGGCGUGUUUAACACCACCGAUGGAACUACUUCUUUUUUUGCUACUGACACAAUUGAAGUUGAUCUGAAUGUCACACGAAAUGUAAAGCCACAGCUUUCUAAGCCAGAUUGGGAUGUUUUAAUAUUUCAUUAUCUCGGUUUAGACCACGUUGGACAUUCGAGUGGUCCACACAGUCCCUUGAUGAAACCAAAACAAAGAGAGAUGGAUGAAGUUGUUAAAACAAUUUACGAAACUAUCAUAGAUCAAGAUACUCGAAGAAUCCGAAUGAACAAAAAUGCCGAACCAACAUUAUUUAUAUUAUGCGGAGAUCAUGGAAUGAAUGAGGCUUUUGUUUUUAUGAGUUCCAAAUUUAACACGGUGACGCAUGCUCGUGAUGCGAGUACAAGUCACGACGCACUUUCUUUUCGAUAUUAUAAGGUCGUGAAUCAAGUUGAUAUUGUGCCUACAUUAUCAUAUUUAUUUGGUAUUCCAAUACCAAAAAACAAUUUAGGCAAAAUAAUACUUGACUUACUUGUAGAUACUAACGAAUUUGAAAAAUUGCGGGCAAUGCAAUUAAAUGCCCAUCAAUUGUCUGGUAUACUACAAAAUACUUGGAACUCUUUUGAUCGUGACCCUGACGUGACUUUACAGAGUGAGAGAAAUUGUGAUCAAAAUUCUGAUGAUGUUAAGACAAGAUUACAAUGUUUGUAUUGGUUGUCAUAUUACUAUCACGCGAUGGCACUUAAUUAUAAUGAUGAGAAUGAUAUCAUAAAUGCGUCUUUUAGCGAUUAUGAUAUUGGUUCAAUGUAUUGGGGAUUGUUAUUUAUGGGGUUUGCUGCUGUAUGCUUCAUUAUGAUAUUGGUAAACCAAAAUGUUCGAAGACGAAAACAAUUCAGAAAUUGGGAGAAAUAUAAUAGGCUUCAAUUUCUUUCUUAUUUGGGUACAUUUUGUUUAUGUAUUACUAUGUUUUCCAGUAGCUAUGUAGAAGAAGAACACCAGUUUUGGUAUUUUUGGAUACAAACGAUGUGGCUGGGAUUUAUUAUUUAUAGCUUUAGAUCAAGUAAUUAUGUGAAUGACCAGAGACUUGCAUUAUUGUCAGCUGGUCAGAUGAUACUUAUCCGCACUAUUCGUGCUUGGAAUCAAACAGGUCAAAAAUUCGCCGGUGAAAUUGAUAUACGGUUUUACCUUAAUACAUCACAUGUAUAUUUUAUGUGGAUAUUAUUUUUCUGUUCAAUGUUGAUAUUAACCAUUAUGACACUACGAGAAAUUCUGGUUGCUAGAUUAAUUCAAGGAAAAAAUAUUCUUCAAAUAGUUUUGCAAUUAAUCGCAAUCUUGAUUAUAUUAUUCAUAAUUCUUUCAAUAGCUAGAUACAAACUAGAAAUUGAUGGUGGAUCAAUAUUAUUCCCUAACAUUUUUUCAUGGUUAAUAAUGAUUGUUCCAAUAACCUUACCAGUUAUGUUGGCACGAGUGAUAUACUCCACAAUCGGAAUAACACUAAUUCUAAUCUCUUUACUACCCACGUUACAGAAUAAACUUCGUGACAUUCAAGCUCCAAAGAUAACAUUAUUUCCAAGACUUUCACUAUACCUCAUUACAUAUUUACUAAUGCUUCUAUCACGUCCUCACAAUUUGUCCUUAUACUUGUUAUUUUUCGUUCAAUAUCAUCUAUUAUCACAAUGGAUUCAUAUUUCAAUCUCAUAUGGCAUUGAAAUAUCACCAAUAACACUCAAUUUUAUUCUAAUAUGCUUAAAAUUUGUGUCAUUUUUCGCAUUUGGAAACUCCAAUAGUUUAGCAACCACAGAUAUAAGCAAUUCAUAUAUAGGUGUAACUGCAUACAAUCCAUUGUGGGUUGGAACGUUGACAUUUUUAGCAAAUUGGACGGGUCCCAUUUGGUGGGUGUUUGCCGGGAAUUUGUUGAGAUUUGAAAUUGUUGAAAGGAGAGUUUUUAUAAAUCAUACCGAAAGAAAUAAAAACCAGAAUGAGGGAAACGCUGAUGAAUCAGAAACCUUACAAAUUAACAAUACUAGAUCAAAUACAUUAACAUCAUCGGCAAUAUCGGCAUCUGCAAUCGCCACCAAACAAGAACUCAAACGACAUCAAUAUCAUACAUCACUAUUUCAAAUAGCUACAUUUUAUUCAUUAAUAUUACUUAUAUUAUCGAUUGCAGUUACAAUAUUGAGAAAUCAUUUAUUCAUAUGGACAGUGUUUUCUCCAAAGUAUUUAUAUCAAGUUGUAUGGUAUACCUUGUUUUUGGUAGGAGUAGAGUUUAUAGUAGGUGGGGUAAUGUGGGGUGUGGGGUUGAAUGUUCUAACGAGAGAAUGA